GCCGUUUUUGUGCAGAAUUGCAGAAUUCUGCAGUACGGGAAUAGACCUAUUGUUAGCGGGCGUACGUUGUAGCGUAAACCUGAAUGCUUGACUAGGACAAAGCACUAUGCAGCACAAUAAUUUGGUUCCGGACACGACGGCACUGUGCCGAGGUUGUAUGACGCCUAAAGAAGGAAACUGCACGAAUCUGUACGAUUCCUGUUCGCUUCCUGCUGGUCAGCCCAGCUUACACGAAAUGCUUAAAAUUAUUUGUGUUCCGGUUUUUGGCGAAUCCGAAGCAGAUGAUCCACCCGGAAUGCCGACGGACGUAUGUUCAAGUUGUCGACACGCCAUCGUAGCGGCCUUUCACCUGCACCAGAUGUGCGUCGAAACGGAUCGUCGAUUGGGCGAGUUGCUGGCAUUGAGGUGGGAACUUGAGGGACCGGACGGAGGUGAUCUACUGCAAGCAUGCGAUAGCAUUGAAACAAACGUGGCUGACAAAAGGAUAAAAGACCCUCUCUCGUGCAAUGAACAGUUGGACAUGAUUAAAGAUGAACCGCUGGACUUGAUGGAUGAAAACGAGGAAGACUGCGAUGAACCGAAUCCUGCAGAGAACAAAGAGGGGGAAGCUGUUAAAACAAAUUCAGAAAAGCUACAUCAUUGCGAAAUUUGCAACCAAUCGUUUACAAGGAUGAGUGCAAAAGUCACUCACAUCUCAUUUCGUCAUCCUGAUGUAGGUGACCCGAGGGGGCCUUUCACGUGUGACUUGUGCGGAGAAACUUUUGCAUUCCGCGGACCGAUGCGGUUGCACAGAGUCUCGCACCUCGGAGAAGUCGUUUGUACCUGUGGUCGUUCUUUUUCGAGUAAAAAAACCUUCAACGCACAUAUUGAUGCCGGAACAUGCACGGGAGCCCAGGAAAAAGAAUGUAAACUGUGCAACAAAACUUUUCGAACACUUUAUAGUGCCGUAAAUCAUCGCAGAAUGGUGCACGCAGAGCAGAUAAAAACGCUGCCGGAACUUUACUGUGAUAUAUGUAACAAGCCUUUCCAUGGUCGACGCGUAUUAACACAACACAAAAGAACAGAGCAUGCAAAGGUAACUGCAACUACAACGCAGAAGAAAAUGUACGAAUGUGCAAUUUGUAGAGAAACAUUUGAUACAUUAUCAGCUAGAGGUAAUCACCGUAAAAAACACAAAGGCUUUUAUAAAUGCUCAAUUUGUGAUAAAGUUUUCAUGAAUAAACAUGGUUUGAAGGGCCAUAUGGUCAGGCACUCAGGGGUCAAGCCAUUUGCGUGCGAUCAGUGCCCAAUGCGAUUUUUUAUGCGAAUUGAACUAAAUGAACACAUGCUCACGCAUACGAGGGCAAAGGAUCACACCUGUGAAAUUUGUGGAAGCAGGUUUUCGAAGGAAUAUUCAAUGAUUAAACACAUCAGAUUCGUCCACGAGGGCCAACGUCCUCACGAGUGUUCGGUGUGUGGAUUCAAGUUCUCCAUCCUAUCGCAGCUCAAACGUCACAUGCUAACUCACACGAAAGAAAAGCCACAUAAAUGCCAGCUGUGCCCCCAAGCCUACGCCCAGACCAACGAUCUGGUCAAGCACGCGGCUCGUGUGCACGGCAUUGACAAACCAUAUCAAUGCGAUCGGUGCGACGAGGGCUUCCGGUUGUUAACGGAUCUGCGACAGCACUACCGGGUGCACGUGCAAUCGACGGAGGGUGGAGCCGACCAGAUGGACGAGGUGCGAUUUACCACUGUGGCGAUUCUGCAGAGAGCGUUCUCGAAAGACAAACAACAGCAGGCUGAGGGAAAUGACAAAUUGGAGUGAUUCAUGGCCAAGUUCAUGACUUUGAUUUUAAAAUGUCAAAUUUGUUGAAAAAUAAAAUGAUUGGUUUAUCAUA